CACACUUGCAUAGUUGCAUUAUAUGCAAGCAGGCAUGCACCACGCACCAGGGCAGCGUGCAAGCAAUUACCAGCAGACACAUCACACAGAAGCUAGAGCACAUCACGGGCGGGCGCCGGCGAUGUCGUCGUCAACACCGAGAGAGCGAGGCGGCGGGAGGCAGUUCCCGGUGGGGCGGCGCCGGUACGCCCCGGUGGCCGACGCGGGGUGCGGCGGGUGCCGCCCGACGACGUCGAGGCUGCUCCGCCUGCCGUCCUUCCUCAAGCCCUGCAGCCAGCUGUUGGGUGGGGGUGGUAAUAGCAAAGCUGCCGCGACGACGACGACAAGGAGGAGGAGUGGUGGCGGCGCCGCCGCCGUCGGUGAGCAUUACUCCUGCGCCUCCACCUCUACCACGGCUUCCUUCUCCUCGUACUCCUCCUCGUCGUCGGCCGCCACGCGCAGCACGGGCGGCUACGCGGCGUCGUCGGCGGCCUACUCCUCCUCCGACUGCUGCUACUACUACCACUGCCACCCGUCGCGCGUCGUCGUGUACGGAGCUGGACCCACCGCCCCCAUGCAACAGUACCAAGACCCAGCGUCGUCGUCGCUCCACAAGCAGCAGCAGCAGGAGCAGGCGUCACCAGCUCGCGCGGCGCCGUCGGCAGUCGGCCAUAAUAAUAAGAAGAAGAAGAUGAGGAGGAGGGCGGCGGAGGACGGCGUGGGCGUGGGCGUGGCGGUGGAGAAGGAGUCGUCGGACCCGCGCGCGGACUUCCGCGACAGCAUGGUGCAGAUGGUGCUGGAGACGGGGCUGUGCGACUGGGACGGCCUCCGCGGCAUGCUCCGCCGCCUGCUCGCCCUCAACGCGCCGCGCCACCACGCCGCCAUCCUCACCGCCUUCGCCGAGGUCUGCGCGCAGCUCGCCGCCGCUCCUCCUCCUCCUGCGCCGUCGUGCCAGUACCGGCGCUGCUGAUGGCACAUGGCAGCGUCCACCCACCACCCUACCCCGCUCGUGCCGUCUGCUAGCUGUAACGGACGGACGGACCUGAUGGCGACAACAGGGCUAUGCGCUUACAAAGUGCAGAUUUUUAACUGUGGUUAUUAGUCAGGAGAUUAAGCUAAAUCAAGGACAGAUAAUAAAGUGGCGUGGCAGCAGCGUUAUUAGGCUACCACCAUGCAUGCAUGUUCUUGAGAUCCCAGGUAGUAGUAGUUGCCCCGAUCUUUUGGUUUGUUAUUUUCAGUCGAUCUCGCAGUUAGAAUUGUGUGUGUGAGGUUGUGCAGUGCAGUGCAGUGCACUUGUGCUUGCUUGUGCUGUGUGUAUACUAUGGGACGACAUGGCCUUUCCAAAAGCAUGAAGAGGCCACCCAUGUGUAUCAUCCAUAAUCUGUACACGUAUGCAUGUUGUGACUUGUUGAAUUGUACGUACGCUUGUGUUUAUGU